GUAGCUGGAUGGGACAAGGAUGAUGGUGUGUGGGGAUGGUGAGUACAGCUGGUGCCAGAGAGGGGCUCAGGAUGCAGCACAGGGCAGAAAAACACCAGUGAGGGAGCCCUCAGGUGGAAAGGGUCCACCGUGACUGAGAUGGAUGGGUCCAAGCAUGAGUUGCCCGGGCUCUUCUGAUGGAGAAACACACAAAAGCAAUUCAUCUGCCUCCUCUCAGGGCUUGCCUGGGGCAAGAUGUCUUAGGUGAUGGUGGUAAUGAUCUUUCGUUUUAACAAGCUCGCAGGUCAGCAUCUCACUUCCAGACAGCUGGGCAGCCCCUCUGGACAUGGUCUCACACAACCUCUACCACAGCAAGUCCCAGUCCCCUCCAUCCCCCGUCCCUGUGCCAGGUUCCUGCAGCCCUGAUGAAAUUUUCAGGGAGGGUUGCAAGCUGGCAGGAGCCCCCAUCUCCCUGCCUGCCCUGUUGCUACGGCCCUGGGAACCAUGACACCAGUGGACAGACAGAACGAGGAGACAAUGGGACAAGGGGACGAGGUCCAUCAGCCCUCAGGACCACUGAACACCAAGAGGGUGUCCUAAGCAGUGGGGCUCGGAAGGUUAAUUUCCUCCCCCACUCUCCUGGAGAGAGGGGGGAAGUCAGGAAAACAAGAAUGACAAGGCAACACAGAGAAGAUCUACAUUAAGGAUGAGAUCCUGUCACGAAACAUUGCUGCAGUGUGGAGCCAGAAUGAUGAAUUGACUUUGCCUGUUGCUGAGGAUUCUCAUCUCCUUAAUGCAUUGCAGAUAUGUCUAAUGCACGCAAGCUGUCAGAGUCUGGCAGUAACCAGUCCCAACCAAAAAUAUUUCCCCUUGGGACCGGUCCAUCAGAUUCAGGCUCUGCUCUCACAGUGGAGAAUGUGAAAAGGCUGGAAAAGAAGUACAAGACUUCUAAAGAAUCUUUCAAUAAGCAAAGAAUUGAAGAUUAUAUUAAGCAGACUGAUCUUGCUCGCUUCAGCAAAGAGACAACCAGGAAAAACAGCACAGAGCUUGUCCAGGAUGCAGAGCCUGAAGGAGCGUCCUCAUCCUUUCCCACAAAGCAGAGCAAAAAUACCAAAGUAUUUUGCAGGAAGACCUCUGAAGAAAUUUCAAGGAAAGAUAAGCUAAUAACAGCAUCGGCGACAGAUUCCCCAUCAGCUCAGCCCACUGGCUCUAAGCCGAAGGAAUCCAAACAGUGUGUAGACGGCUGUCCUGCCUCCUGCUACAGCAGAAGACACAACAUGGAGGAUGAGAUGACCCAGACAGAGUGGAGCUAUUCAGAUGAGUCCCUAUCUUCCAGGGAGGAUGCUGUUUCAGUAAUAGGAGAGGAGGAGAAGAGCUCAGAGGCUGUGGGUGGUAGGAGUAGCUUUAAGGCCACAGAAGACCAAGCCAUGGAGAUGCUCUCCGGGGACACUGAGGUGAACCCUGAGCCUGGAGAGAACAAGGAAGAGGCAGCAGCCGAGGAUGGAGAGGAGAAUAACCAAGCAGGACUGUGUGAGCAAGACACAGGGGAGCCUGUCGAGCUUUCCCAAGGGAGUCCAAGGUCAGAGUCAGACGAGCCACUGUCCACGGGAGAAAAGCAUGAGGAUGAUGAGACGGCAACUGACCUGUGCCCAGAUGAGGAAACCACCUGUAUGGAAGACUCUGCAAAGUGCACCUUUUGUAACGCUCCUGAAAAGCCAAUCCCAACACUGGUGGAUCUGAAGAAACAACCCCAUAAAAAUCUCUUUUGCUGCAGGAGAUACAAGGAAGAAUUUGAGACUGUCAUUGAAGAGCUGAUGAAGGAAGAUGAAGUGGAGAAAGAGCUGAUGAAGGAAGAAGAAGUGGAGAAAGAGCUGAUGAAUGAAGUGGAGAAAGAGCUGACGAAUGAAGAUCAAGUGGAGGAAGAGCUGGACAUCGCUCCAUAUGCUGACUUUUCCCAAGCUGAGCUGAGGAGCAACAUCAAGGAGAAACUGCUGCAACACUUGAAUGAAGGAGGCUUUGAGAACCACAGGCAAAUACUUCGGCUGUAUCUGAAAUUUGUUACUGGGAACAGCAUCUCAUUCAGACUCUCAAAACAAGAGGAAGGCACUGUCAGACCAGAAACCACCCCUUUCAAAAAGCACCGACCAACAUCAGCAUCUCCAGAAGACCACCUGGAGCUGGACAGUGAUUUUAUUGUGGAGCACUUAAAGCACUGCUGUUCUUCGGAGCCCACAAGACGAUGUUAUCCUGAUGGACAGACGUUUUUUCUCCUGUUCCCAGAUGGAAGUGGUCAGGUUUACUACCCAUCAGGCAACGUGGCCAUUCUCAUCAUGUUCUCUGAGGAAGCCUUGUUUACCUAUUACAUCCUGGAGGACAGCAAAUACCCAAGGAUCAGGGCUGUCUUUGGGAGCCACGGCCAUGGGGUCUGUUCCUACCCUGAUGGCCAUCUCUGGGCCGCCCUGAACCCCUGCACUGGGAUUUGCUUGGACCAGAUGGGGACCAGCCAGAAGCACUGGAGGUGGCAUGACUUCAGCCACCACACUCACAGCCCUCCUUUCCAGUCCAUCACAAUGAAACUGAAUGACCACAUCACCAUCAGAAUCCUGGCUCAGCAUCAAAUUGACUUAUCAUUUGCCAACCAAAGCAAUUGCAUUCGAUUCAACGUGGGGUCCUGGUUCAAGUUGAAAGACCCAGAGACAAGUCACCUACUUAAGUGGCCAGAAAGCAAAGAGGAGCUCUUCCUUCAGUCUAAAAAACUUCAACUCAGGAACCUGCUGUCCAAAAUACAGAGAGUGUUGAAGUACAUUGGGCAACCCCUCUCUCAGUGAUAUCACUCCUCAUGUUUCAUCAUCUUCUAUCUGCAUGAAAUACUGAAAUGAAGAUAUUAAGACUCACAGCAAGCAGUUACAUCAGCAUUUCAUAUCAAUGUUCCCUUCAUCAAGGUGGUAAGAGUCACUUUGUGAUGAAAAUAAA